AUGGCUAGCACAUUUCGAAACGUCGUCAAGGCGACAUUCCUCGUCUCCAAGAAGGAGGGACUCAGCGACGAGGAGUUUCGGCAGCAUUACACCGACAUUCACGCCCCCAUGGCUCUUGAAGUCUGCAGGCGACACGGAGUUCUUGCUUACUCAAUUGCGGAGAAGGAAACUACUCGCUCUGCCUUUGGAGAAAACGCCGCUUUCAUCGACUGUGAUGCCAUCACGACGUUCAUCUUCCCGGAUAUGCAAUCUCUCAUCGGGUCGUUUGCAGAUCCAGACUAUGAGGCACGACUGGCUCCAGACAAGGCAACGUUUUGCAAUCGGCUGAAAUCCCAGUUUGCCGUGAGCGAUGAGUUCUCGGUGGUUGCGGAUGGGCAGGAAUACAUGAAGCGAGGUUCCGAGUUCCUCGGAUAG